AUGUUUGUCCCACCGGUUGGUGUAGCAAGGGGAUUCCUCUCCUAUAACGGGUCCGGUAUUUUCGCCCGAUGUGCCAGACAGGGAUUAGUCCCUCGCGCUCGUCUUCAGAAUCGCGUUCGCCAUGGGAGUUCGUUCCCAACAGCCGCUGUCAAACCCGGUCUUGCUAGGACCAAGCCUAGCAACAAGUUGUUCAAGUCUGCUACCAUUACCACUGUUGGUCUCGGCCUUGCUGCAUGGUGGACUCCAGUGAAAUGCGAUGCGUCACCGAUCAGGACUCCCCAGAGCCGCGAUCCCCACAUCGCACCAGUAAACGAUUACCCGCCCCCACCGCAGUCAUCUGUUUCACUAUAUGAAUUGAGCUUUGGAACAGUAACGGGGCUCUGUGCUGGUAUCUUUGUCAAGAAAGGCGCCAAGGCUGCAGCCUGGUUGUUGGGUGGAAUUUUCGUGUUGCUCCAGUACUUAUCUUCGCAAUCUCUCGUGCGUGUUGACUGGUCGAGGAUGGCUUCACGGUUUGAGAGCGCAUUCCACUCGGUCGACGCGCGAACUGGCGUCUCAAAAGCACCAACUGUGGGGUCAACAUUUAGAAGCAUCAUUAAUUUCCUAACUGCCGAUUUUCAACCUCGAGCAUCGUUUGUUGCGGGGUUCGUUUUGGGAUUGCGAGUAGGCUAA